AUGGGUUUCAUGGAGUUUUACCUCGAGAUUGACCCAGUCACUCUGAAUCUCAUCAUCCUGGUGGCCAGCUACGUCAUCCUCCUGCUGGUCUUCCUCAUCUCCUGCAUCCUCUACGACUGCCGCGGCAAAGACCCCACCAAGGAGUACGCUCCAGACGAAGCCCCCUCAGCUCUGCCACCACCGGGACAGUCACCCAUACGCCUGGUGGUCAUGCAGAACUCACCCGCUUCAUCCCACAUGGAGUCUGACAACAUGGCGGCCCAUGGAGAGCUGCCCACACCAGAACUGGGCCGGGAGAGGGAGAAGAGGAGCACUCUGGUGUGA